AUUUAAUUGUUAGCAAUCUUGCCUGAGACCCACAGGCAUCAGGGGACCUGGGGGGGUCUCAGGGUCUCAUGAGCCUGGGGGUCCCGCCUGCCUCGUGGGGAAGGCAGGGUGCUGCUGUGCGGAAAGUGCCUGCAGGGGGGCGGCAGGACUCACAUGCCCACCCCCACCGUCUCAUCAAACAGGAGGAGCAACACCCGCAGCUGCCAGCGGUGGGGGAGGCACCCCAACCCACUUUCCAGCCCAGGAGGCUCUGGAAGGGAAAGCAGAGGGUCCUUGGAAACACCCUCAGUCAUCCUCCUGGGGCGCCUGCGUCUUCCUCAGGGCACCGCCUGUCCUCGUGCCAGUCUGACCGGCCUUCACCCCUGGGCGCACGGCUGCAGCCCACCUUGUCCUUGUUCCCUGCACAGCCAGCCCACACUGCGCCAGGGCUCCACGGCACGCUCUCUGCCUGGGAGGAGACGUUCUCUGGCGGGGGCGGCUGGGGGCAGGGAGCCAAGGGGGUGCAGAGCUGGGUGCUCGGGGUCCACAGGUGAGGCCUGGGGGCCCACAGGCCAGGCGGUGGCCAGGAUGGGGCCUCGGCGCGCACUGUGGCUGCUGCUCACUCUGCCGGACGUCCUGUGGGGCCAGACCCUGAGCCCCCCGUCAAUGCAGCCUGCGAUGCAGAGCUUCCAAGGAGACCAGCCCAUGCAGUUCCAGGGGGAGUGGUUCGUCCUGGGGCUGGCGAGCAACACCUUCAGGAAGGAGCACAAGGCACUACUGGGCCCCUUCACCACGACUUACGAGCCGAGGGACACCGGCGGCUUUACGGUGUCGAACGCCAUGACCCGGGGCCGGCACUGCAAAAGCUGGUUUUACGUGAUGAUCCCGGGGUCCCAGGCGGGGCAGUUCACCGUGGACCACGGACCAGGGGCCGACAGAGAGGAGAUACGGGUGGUGGACAGCGACUACACCGGCUUCGCCCUGGUGCUCUCCCACAGGCUCACCAGCCACCUGACCGUCAUCAGAGUCAGCCUGCUGGGCAGGAGCUGGAUGCUGCCCUCCGGGACGAUGGACAAGUUCAUGUGCCUGGGCCGGACCCAGGGCCUGUCGGAGACCAACAUUGCCUUCCCAGACCUGCCCGGAUGGCGGCCCCAGCCGGGCGCCUGUUGAACGGCGGAGUGGCCCCGCCCACAGCAUGGUCCCGCCCAUAACCUGGCCCCGCCCACCGCCUGGAGCCGCACCGGGGGACGAAUAAACACUCCGCGCGGA